GCUGGCCAUUCUCUAGCUAGACGUAGAGAUCUGUCUCAUUUCGCCGCUGCAGCAAGGUCUAUCCAUAUUUCCGUACGAGCUUGUCCCGCCUUGUGGAACUGCGCGGUGCCAGCCGCAGGCAGAGAGAAUCGUAAUGGACCCAAGUCCGCAGCUUGGGGUGCCUUAUUCCUCUCAAGUUGAGCCACAAGAGGAGGAGGCAAUGUUUGGGACUCAAAGCAUACCGACGUUAAUCACAUGCCGGAAGAGGAAUAAAGAUAGAAGAGGAACAAGCGAGACAGACAGCGCAGCGUGUGAUUGUGAGGGUCGUUCCCGGAAUGGCUCACGAUUUGCGGGAUUGACGAAGUAUUACGAAGAAAAAGCGCAAUUGGAAUGCCUGAGAGCGGUGUUCGAGUCAUCGGGUCCGAGAUCGAAGGAGAUCCUUCUGGACCGUUUAGCGACGGUGGUUAAUCGGUGGAACCCGCUGAGCAAAGUGAGAAGAAUGGGUCUCGCCGAUCUGGAUUACAUUCCCAAGAGGCCCAGGCUUACUGAGGUCCCAAUGGGACCGACUCCCAUGGACGUGGCCAAUCUUCGUCUUCUUCAGCAGCAUGGAGCGGCCGCACUCCCUCACUUUCUCUCUCCUCCGUCUCAUCUGGCCAGGGUUGGGACGGACAUCGGUAUCAAUUGCAAUCACCCUCUGGGAGGUGGUGGUCCCGGUGGAGGUGGUUCUCCACACAAUGCGGCGGGCAGCAUGCUCAUACAGCAUCUCGGUCUCUCGCCCUCCCUUGGGAGGAUGCACUGCCUGGGGCCAGGCAACGGUGGUCCCGCCUCUUCGCUGGACGAGAGCGCUUUAUCCAUAGCGGGAGCGGGAUCUGCAGGGCUGUCGAUGUGCGGUCUGGAUCGGACGAUGGGGAUGGCAUCUGACACGUCACAGUGUUUCGUAGGGGGGGUGUCGCUGAACCUGCCCCGAGCGGCCCACCGAGCGUCGGAGGCUUGCCAGGGCGGCGCGGCAUGCACGACUAGCCAGCCCAACGGGCAGCUGCAAAUGACGACAAAAUGCUGUGUAGGGGGGGGUUGCACACCCUCUCUGGGGCAGAGUAAUAGCACGGAGGCGGCGGUGAGAAGAGAGCAGAGGGGGGACUUAGAAGGGGGAGGCGCCCAACACCCCCACGCUCAGGGUCAAGUGGGACUUUCGCUGACCCACCACGGGCCCACGGGGGUAGGUCUGGAACUUGGAGGUCGGGGAGCUGGAGGGUGUUGCGAUGAUGGAUCGGGAUCAGGAGGGAGUGAGCGAGGAAGAGGUCCAGAAGGGGUAAGAGGGGGAGGAGGAGGUGGUGGCACUCCCAGCGGAGGAAGCAGAGGAGGAGGAGGAGGAGGAGGAGGAGGGCGUGGUGGACAGGAUGUUGACGAAGGAAGUGCAGAGGCAGCGGUCGCUUCUUACACAGCGGAACUGCUCCGGGGCCUCGGUGGCGCAUCCAACGGCUGCAGUGUCAAGGUGGAGAGCGGCAACGGUAGCGGAGGAAUUACCUCUUGUCUUCCCUCUCAUUGGGUUCCCGCCAUUCUUCAAAACGCAUACGAGAGUUCACUCCAUGGAUUGAAUCAGCAGGAGUUCAAACCCAUGCUGGACCAUCCGAGCCGGGUUUUCCAGCUACAGGCAUUUCCCAACCAGUGUGGCAGAGGCUCUGCCGCACACAGCGGCGGCCUCUCACCCUGCUCUCUUACGGACGUUCCCUCAUCUCCUACGCAGGGUGAUGGCUCCACUGCACGCUCGCUCGUCCUGGACAACACUCUUCAUUCUCGUGAACAGAGCGGACAUCCAUAUACCUGGUUAUUCCAAGGGCUCAAGCAAUGUCAGCGUACUGUGGAAUUACUAGAGAUUAUCGUCGACCCAAUGAAGUGUGAGAGGGCCCGGCCUGCUGCCAAGGAGGCGCUCCAGAAGAUCCUUCAGACUGCACAUGUUCCUCCUCGGAGUGGGGGUAAUCCCGACAAGACGGCGUGUAGCAGGGCCAUGUUGACUCAGAGUCAUUUCGAGGGCAGCCCAGGAGGGGGAGGGUGUGGCAGCGGGGGGCUAGGUGGGAUCAAUCUGUGCACGAGCUCGUCGGCAGGGGUUGCAGGAGGAGGGGGGGGGUGUAGAGGAGGAGGAGGAGGAGGGGGUGGAGUAGCACACACGUCUGGGCCCGCGGGCGUGCCUGUCGGUGUGACGCCUGUGUCGGGGUCGCAGUCUGGUGUUACGGAGGAUUCGCCACGUGGAGCGGCAGCGGCCGCACGUGCUGCGAUGGCAGCUAGUGUAGCUGCGGCUGCUGCAGCUGCAGGUUCAACUGGGACUUCCUCACAGCUAGGAGGAGGAGGAGGAGGAGGAGGAGGAGGAGGGGGAGGAGGAGGUGGGUUGGACCCGGGCAGCCUUUCCUCCGCGCAGCAGCUCGUUUCCCUACAGCUUGGGACCAAGUACAGUCUCGACUCCGUCACCCCCUCUGGUCUGGACUGCCACACUGUCAGGUCGCGAUCCCUGUCCCCAUCACACAGCCACGGUGGUCAUCAUCAUCAUCAUCAUCAGCAGCAGCAGCAGCAACAACCCGGUGGUGGUGGGGACCACGCCCAGGACUCCUGCGCAGUGGAUCAUCAUCAGGAACACCACUCUGCGUCCGGCGAUUGCCGCGGUAGGUCCCCCGCCUCUCAUUCCGCUGCCGUCGACCUGCGCGCCUCCCCAUCCCAAUCAACGGCCGAGGCCAAUCAAUGCGCUUUGGCCGCCAAGAUCUCGCACCUCGGUCACAUGCUGCAGUCCGCUCAGCAGCAGCAGCAGCAGCACAACGGCGCCAGUCCCAGCGAUGACGACGAGGAGAGGUCUAUGUGCGCCGCACUGGCCGCGCAAGUGGGCGCAGCCGCCGCGCACGGGAAUGGCGCCAUGUCCUGUUCGUUACCAUUGCUGGAACUUUCCGAAAGAGGAAAUGCUUGGUCUCCCAAAUCCGGUAUGCCCCAAGCUUUCAACGGCUUCCUCCCGACGGCUAUGUCGGGAUCGUUGUCAUCCCUACUUGCCUCAUCGGACAGCAACGCCACGGCGCUGGUCGGUGGACCUUUGCCGUUCAAUCCUCCACUGCCUAGACGUCGCGACCGCAGCGCAACCGAGCAAGAGCCACUACCGAACCGUAAGCGAAGUCAUUCGGACUCAUUCCCCUUAAGAACGGGAUUGGAUUUUGUGAUUUGUGACAGCUGCCAAUCUGUACCUCGAUCGCCGAUCCGUCACUUGCCGCCCGCGUACAUUCGAGAGCUGAUUUAUGAUUUUAUAACUUCCAUCACGGGACUCAGGGAGGCGGUGGAGGAGGAGGAGGAGGAGGAGAAGCCAGGGAGAAGAGGAGAAGGAAGAGGAAGACGAGGAGAAACAGGAGGACGAAGAGGAGGAGGAGGAGAAGAGGAAGGAGGAGGAGGAGGAGAAAGGGCAAGCCAGGGAUAAGGGGUGAAGGAAGAGGCGGACGAAGAGGAGGAAAAAGAGGAGCGGAGGAGCAGACUUAGCAGAGAGUUGUUCUUGCUUCAACCUUCAGGCUUCAGCUCUUUUUUCUACCCUUUCUAUGUGUUCUCGAGCGGAGUCGAGGCUGCUGAAUCCUCUCCACCUCCUUCUUUUCCUCCUCUUUCUCCCCUUAACAUAUCCUCGUCUCCUCCUUCGUCCUCUCUCUCUCUCCUCUCUUCUGUCGUCCUCUGUUGCGCCCACCUCUCCCUCCUAUGAGACCUAUCCCUUCUUUCUGCCCUUUCUUCCUUCCCUCAUCUUAUCCCCAUGCGGUUCUUGGAGUCCAGCGUUUUCUCUCUCUCUCUCUCUCUCUCUCUCUCUCUCUCUCUCUCUCUCUCUCUCUCUCUCUCUCUCUCUCUCUCUCUCUCUCUCUCUCUCUCUCUGUGUGKGGGKGAGCACGAGAGAGGGAGGGGGGAGGGAACCGCCGGGGGGGAUAUCAGUAUGUUUGGCAUUAUUCUAAGAAUCUUCUUCGCUUUUAGAAAGAUCACACGAGUGACACGACUACCAGGCCGAGCUUGAUGCAUGCUACUUUCGGACUCUCUUAGGAGGAGAUUUCGGACAUCUACCUCUGCAAGUUCGUGUCUUUAUUCUUCCUCUAUCUUCUGUGACCGCUGCUGAAUCGCAAGUCAGAUCAGUCGAGACGUCUUAGCCUCGGUGACCCGAGUUGGCCCCAUCUGUUAUCAUUUAUGUACGUCUUCACUACAUCAUCAUUGGAAUUACGUUUCCUGUUUAGCUGUUGCUCAUUAAGUCAUGGCCACCAUGUACUCCGCUUCACGGCACAUGUCGUUCUUGAAGUUUCUUCUGUCUUUAUCCGGAGUCCGGACCCAGUUGCAAUCGGUCGCUGUUUGGUUCGCUAAACCUCUUCGUCAAUCCGAAUCAAUCGUUCCUCGAGAG